GGGCAGUCCAUCUCGUCAGGCCGUGGCGAUUUCCUCGUCGGAAAUGUCAUUCGAGCCGCGGCAUUUUUCCUCUCGGUGGUCGGGGUUGUGCCGAUGCGUUUUGGCGUAUCGUCUAGUGGGCCGCCAGCUUUGCUCUUUGGGGAUGUCUUUAGCAUGGUCUGGGUUUCUCCUCUUCGCGACAUUGCCUCCGCGCCUCGCUGGGCUCUCCUUCCCACUGACGUUCUUCGCCUGGUCCGCCGAUGGGGAAUCUGGGUGGGCCUUUUUUUUUCAAAACCGGAAAAAUUAGAGAACUAUUAGAAAGGAAAACCGCCCGGGCGUUUUCCGCCUGAGCCGCCCGCGUCCUCUCGGCUAGUGAGAGCGCGCAGUGCCUGCGUGGGUACUUCGCUUAUCCUAUGGGACCGCGCCACGUUUCUCAUCGUCUGUCAGCCUGCGU